CGAAAUCCUGAAUUCAGUGGCGGGCAAUCAAACAAAAAAAAACUGACCAACAAAUUGUAGCCUGCAAGCAACAACGGAUACAAGACAAGAGACAGCAGAGCAACAACGACGACGAUGGCUGGACAUGGUGUGAAUUCGGUGCUGGCUGCCAUUCGCCGGCAGCAGGCUGGGGACGUGCAUACCACAUCCCAGGACGACUACUGCCUGCUCGACACGCUCCUCAACAACCCAGACUUCCGCACUUUGCUCAACCUGCACACCCGCCUGUCGAAGGUACAGGAGCAAGGGCUCGUGCCCAUCUGCCGCGAUGCGUCAAGCCGCACCAGCGCUGUCGUCGACCGUCUGGCUACUCUCGGAUCAGAGCAUCGGGAGACAGCGACAUCGUUACGCAAAUUCCUCACCAAGCCAUCAUUCAAGGCCGUAAUGCGAGCGUACGAUAUCAUUGCGCAGGAUGAUUUGGCAGAUGUGACAAACGCGUCUCGGACCGGCGCCAAAGUGUUCAAGACCCGCAUCCUAACACCGCAGGGUGUGGAAGCGCUCAGGCUGGAGCUGGAAGACAUUGGCGAGCCACUCGGCUGCGCGGUCAAGUCUGUGGAAGACAGCGACGGGAAUCGAAAACUCAUCGUGUCGCGUGUCUUUGUCAACUCUUUCUCGCAUCGCUCCGGGCUGAUCUACAAUGGCGACGAGAUUGUGGGAAUUAAUGGCCAGCCAGCUGCCGAAUUAACAUCGGAGGAGGCGCACGCUGCCAUCACCGAAAGCCCGCACAAGCUCGUACUCGACAUUGUCACGGCAGAGGGGGUGCGGCGGCGGCGUCACCCGCCGGUGUUUAUGCGCGCGCUCUUCGAUUACGAUGCGGAGGAGGACCCUUGGCUGCCAUGUGUUAAUGGCGGUCUCACGUUCUCAAAGGGCGACAUCCUGGAGGUGCUGGACCAAUCUGACGAGGAGUGGUGGCAGGCGCGGCGGCGUACAGACCCGGCGAAGACCGUUGGUUUGAUUCCCAGCAAGCGCCUUCAAGCCAAGCGUCUGGAAGCGCAAGUCAUGCACUCUGCACAACCACCAGUGCUGAAUGCGCUGUACGAGACUGUCACGCUCGUGCAGCCGUCAGAGACAUUUGCCCGCCCGCUUGUUCUCCUCGGCCCCGAGGGAGUAGGGAGAAGAACCAUCAAGGAGGAGCUUGUUUCAGGGCAUCCUGGCAUCUUUGCAUUUCCAGCCACGCACACGUCAUGCAAGGCGUACAAAUCAGGCGGCAACCCGGACUUUGUCUUUGUCGAUAAGCGCAACAUGAAGCGUGACAUUGACCGAGGCUUGUACAUUGAACACGGCCGACACGAUGGCGAUUUGUACGGCAUCUACAAAGCGGACGUGCUUGCCCUGGCACAGCAGGGCAAGACCUGUAUUCUCGACAUCCAGCCACAGUCGGUUGAGAUGGUGCGCACGGCGGAUGUGCAGGCCAUGGUCAUCUUCGUGCAGCCGCCAAACCUGCGCCAGCUCCGGCUCACCCGCCAGGGCGCUCUGUCUGAGAGUGACAUGAAAGAGAUGUUGAUGGCUGCUGAUCGCAUCAUGCAAGGCUACGGCGCCGUCUGCGACGAGGUUGUGGUGAAUGACACGUUGGUCACGUGCAUCAAGGACCUGCUUCGCAUCGUGACGCUGUCCAGAACAACGCCGCAGUGGGUGCCGGUGUCCUGGGCGCGCACUCGAAACGCACGCUCCCAACUCCUGGACAGGCCCGUGCCGGCCGCUGAUGUCAUGGAGGCUUGACAUGCUCCCGUGGAGUCUGCUUGUUUGGUUGGUUGGUUGGCUUGUUGGUUGUUUGGUUUAUACGUGUCACAAGAACUUACUUAACCCCCACUCUACCCACACUGUUACUUACAGUUCUUUUACUCGAUUGAUUGUGUAUGUCGACUUGUCAACUUAAAGUCUUAAAGUGUGCACAGAUGCGACUUGAGUUCGAAAUAAAGGGAUGCACAAC